CAGUAACACAUUAGUCGGAUCUUUACAGUAAAUGAUGGGCCUGCUGUUACCAGUCUCGCGUUGAUGAAACCUAUCCGUGUUUUUACGCAUCACCGCAUCAUGUGAGGACGUCUGCGGGGCUGCACGCGGGAGUCAUUCAAUGUUUUGGACCUACUGUUAUCCUCUAAAAGAGUUUAAACUGUCCCCAAUCAUCGAUCGUGUCACAUUUGCGCCCUCUCAGAUUAUUGGGCAUAGAGUUGCGGACAGGUGAGAUGAUGCGCUCGAAGCUGCUGACGCUGGUUCUGGUGGUCCAGCCGAACAGGGUGCUCCUGGGCAUGAAGAAGCGCGGAUUCGGGGCUGGGAAGUGGAACGGGUUUGGGGGCAAAGUUCAACCCGGAGAGACUAUUGAAUGUGCUGCAAAAAGAGAAUUGUAUGAAGAAAGUGGUCUCACAGCGGACACUAUGGAGAAGGUUGGAAAUAUCAAAUUUGAAUUUGUCGGUGAGACAGAGCUGCUCGACGUCCAUAUCUACAGAGCUGACACUUACAAUGGAGAACCAACAGAAUCAGACGAAAUGAGGCCUCAGUGGUUCGAGCGUGACCAGAUCCCUUUCAGUCAGAUGUGGGCUGACGACAUCCUCUGGUUCCCUUUGUUGCUCCAGAAGAAGAAAUUUGUUGGAUACUUUAAGUUUCAGGGUCACGAAGUCAUUCUCAGCCAUAAACUGGAGGAGGUGAUGGAGCUGUGAGGAAGUACUGAUGGUACUUAUUAUGCCAAACAUCCAUCUCUUCAGUAGUCUUUGUUCAGUUUCAUUUAUGAGAGGAUCUACAUUAAAUUCACGCGUAAACAAAAGCUACAGGUUGAAACGGUUUGUACUUGAGCUGAAUAGUUCAUAUUCUCUCAAAACUUCACACAUAAAUAAAA